CCCUUUAAGUCUCCUUUCAGGAGAGAAAGGGGGGAUAUAAAUCCAAACUUUUCUUCUUCUUCAAACUCACUCUCUGAUCCUUUGAACUGGAUAUAUCAGGAAUUGAACUUGGGGUUUUCAGCAUGCAAAGAUGUCACACUGAGCCACGGCAUCUCCUCAGAAGAACAGUUAGUGACUCAGACUUGAUCUCAAACAUGUAAAUGUGCCAGCUUUUAUGGCAAUUGUGUUUUUUAUAUGGCAGGAUAUUAAGGUCCACUUAUGAGAGUAGGUACUUUAUGUGUGGCCACCACUGCCUCUGUCUCAGAAUGUGAGGAAUACACAGAAUAAGCCUUGCUCCUCCAUCACUGAAAGAAAAUCACAACGAUGGCUGUUUCCAUCUACACAACUGUGGUCUCCUUCUCAUUGAGUGUACAUUCCCUUAAAGUUUGGUUCUUGAUGACGCACAUAUUUAGAACUCACCACGUGGUCUAGCGACGUAACACUAGCCCAAGAGUGGCAGGGAGGAAAAGGCAGCAGACAACCUCCCCAAAUGGAGGUUGCAUGAAAACUGCAAGGAAGGGGCAGGCGGAUCGACUAGUGACACUCUGCGGGAGGAAAAUCCCCAUGCAAACAAAAAAAGUGGGAAAACCCACUGCGUAGCAAAGAACUUCAGGGUAAGCAGUGCGUGCACAAAUGGCCUAUGCCUUUGAGACUCAGAGAAGGCUUCCAGACAUGCUGACAUGCCAAGGAAAAGAGGAUGCAAAAUGUUCUUCACACUCCAGGACGUGGAGACAGCUUGUCACCCUAUCUCCCAGUCCUUACCCUGUAUGGGGUGUUUACAAGCUGCUCUUCUAUCAAAGGCCCGUCUCACUCUCUUCUGUUGGAGCUGCUGGACAUCAGCGUGUCGGAGCUCCUCGUGCAUUCCAGUCAACACGGCUGCUCCAUGUGGAUGACCCAACAUUGUGCCCGGGAUGUGCUGGAAGCCCUGGCCUUUCUCCACCACAAAGGUUAUGUGCACGCCGACCUGAAGCCACGCAACAUCCUCUGGAGCGCCGAGCAGGAGUGUUUCAAGCUCAUUGACUUUGGACUCAGCUUCAAAGAAGGGAAUCAGGAUGUGAAAUAUAUUCAGACAGAUGGAUAUCGGGCCCCUGAGGCCGAGCUGCAGAAUUACCUGUCUCAGGCUGGACUGCAAGUUGGAACCCAAUGCACUUCUGCUGUCGAUCUCUGGAGUCUAGGAGUCGUGUUGGUAGAGAUGUUCUCAGGAAUUAAACUGAAACACAUUGUCCAGUCUAGGGAAUGGAAGGCAAAUAAUGCUGCCAUUAUUGAUCACAUUUUUGUCAGCAAAAGUGUGGAAAAUUCAGCCAUCCCAGCUUAUCAUCUCCGAGACCUCCUCAAAAGCAUGCUUCACGAGGAGCAGGAGAAAAGAGCUUCUGCUGCAGAGACCUUGUACAGUCCCUUCUUCAGCAUUCCUUUUGCUCCCCACAUUGAGGACCUGGUGUUGCUUCCAACUCCCGUGUUAAGGCUGCUAAAUAUUUUGGACGAUGCUGCUCUUCAAAAUGACAAAGAAUUUGAAGAUAUAGUGGAUGAUAUCAGAGAAGAAUGUAGCAAAUACGGGCAAAUAGUUUCCUUGUUUGUUCCAAAGGAGAAUCCAGGCAAAGGCCAAGUCUUUGUUGAGUAUGCAAACGCUGGUGAUUCCAAAGCAGCCCAACGAGCCCUGACCGGGAAGAGGUUUGACGACAAGUUUGUUGUGGCGACCUUCUACCCACUGAGUGCCUAUCGGAGGGGAUACGUGUACCAAGUGGUGCUUUAGUCUGCAGCUGCAGUCAGGAGUGGGGGAGCGUUCCCCUGCCCGCCUGGCUUUGCCCGAGUGGUUGUCUUUCCCCACCCCCAAGAGCUGGAACCUGCGCCUCCGCUCUUGCAUUUUGUGAUUCGCAAAAGCGACUCCGAUAGGUCUUGUUUUCGCUUUGAUGAACGCCAACUCUGCCUGCCCCCUUUUCCUCGGUUAACUCUGCGAUACCUGGACUUCUAAAUGCGCAACGGAUACAGGAAUUUAAAAGCAAGCAGACUUUUAGGUCUUCUCAUAGUGGUGACGUUUGAGACGCCUCAGAAGCAAGAAGUACCAAAAGGUGACGUAGAAGGUUGUUGUCGUCUUAAAGUUUCGGUGAAGCCUCACUGGAGCUGUUUGCGUUACCAGUCCCUGACAAGGAAACAGCCAAAUUGACUUCUCCGGAUAUUGAGGAACAAGAUUAGAAACCCGGCCAAGCCUUACAAGCGUGAUUGCCCUAAGCUUGCAAGGAGGCUCUUCUGAGCAUCUUAGCGACAGAAAAAGCAGACAUUUAUUGUAGAAAAGUGUCUUAUUCCAAGUGCAGAACAUCUGUCCUAAAAGCAGGGGAUCUGGGGUAAAGAUGUAUGUACACUUAGCUAGGCAAAGUACCAGAAAAGGUACUGCUUGCCCUACUAGGGUUGGAUCCAGGCAGAAGGUUUCCAUAGAUGGAAAGGGGGGUGAUUUUUGCCUUACCACCCCCCCCCCACUCUCUACGCCCAUUUUCCAAUUCUCUCCUCAUACUGGGAGUAGCGUUGGGAGGCAUUUGGGGAUUGCAAUAGAAGAGGGGGAGGCGAGAAACUCGUGCUGUGUUUACAGAGAUCCUUUCUGCCCGUGGAAAUUUUCCGUGGCUCCCAGCUGUGACUUCCAGCCAUUUCUUGCAGUGUGCAGAACCCUUUCUCGCGGGAGCCGGUGUGUUUUUAGUUCCACGUGGGCUUGCACUGGACAGCUUUGGCGCCUCUAAAACGCUUCUUUAGGCGGAGACUUUAUUUCAAAGGUGACCCUGAAUUUGUGUGGGAUCUUCCCAGCAUCAUUUCAGGUGUCCUCUGAUGGUUCUCCAUCUUCUCCCGCUGACUUGCCUGACCUUGCUCUCUUGCUUAUUGUGACAACACACUGUAGAGCCGAUCCUUAUCUAGCUGGGGGUGGGGGGGACCAGAUUUUUGAGCACAUUUUCAGGCAGAAGGGUUUUUUAAAAAAACCCGUAUCAAAACUUGAAGCUUGUCAUAGAGUAUGCAAAGACAGCGACUCUGUCUGAAGACCAAACGUAUCGCUUUGCACUUUCAACUGGUUGAGCCAUGGAUCUAGUUGAGAGCCGACCGCGCUCACCCGGCCAGUCUCCAUCUGUCUGCCCUGAUGACAUAACGUUAGCACUGCCCGUCUUGACUGUAUUUUGACCGUUUCCGAGUGUUUACAUGUUUUCUUUGAGAUGUAAUUAAAUAUCUUCUGUCCAGAUUAUUUAAGGGAGCCCGCACUCUGUGCACCGCUGCUGAGCAGCCCCGCUCCAGAAAAGUGUUCUGAUAAAGGAAAAAUUAAAAAAAAAUGAAUACUG